AUGAGGGAGGUCGAGCUGACACAACGAAAGCCAAUUUCCGAAGAGCCAGAAGGCAUCAUGACGGAGGAAACAACUACCUUGAUCGAAGGGUCCAAUGUUACGAGGAAAACCACAAGAAGACUGUACACUUGGGACGAGAUUCCAGAAUGGCAGAAAGAUAACGAACACAUUCUGAGCGGCUACAUCUUUGAAACGAAGAGCUUCAGAAGCUGUAUAAAGAGUCUUUUCUAUUUGCACAACGAGUCAGUGAAUAUAUACACUCACCUUUUGCCAGGAAUUUGCUUCUUUCUAGUAGCAAUUUUCAACCAAUAUGCUAUUGAGCACUUUGAGACAACCAGAUUGAUAGACUACAUCAUGAUAGACCUUUUCUUUCUCGGUGGGUUUAUAUGCUUAAUGAUGAGUAGUUUGUUCCACUGCCUGAAGUGCCAUUCGAUAGAGGUGGCUGUCUUUGGUAACAAGCUCGAUUAUUUAGGAAUUGUGGCCCUCGUGGUAUCAUCCAUGGUCAGCAUCCUCUAUUAUGGGUUUUAUGAUUAUUGGCCGUUUUUUUUAAUAUUUUCGGGAAUUACAGUAACCUUUGGAAUUGCCUGUGCCGUCGUAUCCUUGGGUGAUACAUUCAGGUCAAGAGAAUGGAGGCCUUACAGAGCAUCUCUGUUUGUGGCAUUUGGACUGUCUGCUCUGCUCCCGGUGAUAGCUGGGAUCUUACAUUACGGGUUCCAUGCUACGUGGGCAAAAAUACAACUCAAGUGGUUAAUUUUGGAAGGUGUGUUUUAUAUCUUGGGCGCUGUAUUAUAUGGAGUCCGCUUUCCUGAAAGAAUUUCCCCUGGAACUUUCGACAUGUGGGGCCAUUCCCACCAAUUGUUCCAUGUUCUAGUCGUCAUUGCUGCCCUGUGUCAUCUCCAGGCGCUUAUCGGAGCAUAUAAAUUCGUUCAUAAGAACUUGAUAGGUUGA